GGGAAAUGCCUUCUCGUCUGUGGGUUUCAUCACUUACCAUCUGGAACAUUUUUCAUAUCGUGUCUGCGCAGUGAUGCAGACGUCCACUCAUUACUUCAUGACCUGUUUUCAGUCUGCAGUUCACUUUUGAUUCAUUCGCUGUUCGCGUCUCUUCGAAAUUACCUCACCAUCGACAUGCAGUCCUCACCAGCCUCCAACCCGUCUGCAGACUCUUCCAGCAAGUCCUCUCACUCUAGUCGAAUUCCCGGAACACCAAAACCACCUUUCGAUCCUCCUCGAAGACGGUCUUCCCUCUUCUUCUCCAAGGUAUUGCAGCAUGCGAGUUCCCCUAAAACCCCCGGGUCGAAUUCGACAAGAGCCAACAGCAAGCAAGAAAUCAAAAUGCCGGGUCCUAACAUUGGUCGUAAGAGAAUAGCAUCUCCUCGAACGCGUUCGGUAGCCAUGCCAGGCCAUGUUGCCCAAAUGCAGCGGCUCUUCCAGACAGCAAAAGCAUCUUUGCGAUUUGACGUCCGCUUUGCAGCUUCACCUAUUGGCUCGAUUGACUCGAGGCUUCCCACGAGUCCCGAGGCAGGCGAUCUUGCGAUCGAAUCUCCAUCACAAUCGGACAAGGCAUCCACAGAGAUACCAAAAACGGAUUGGAGAUACUCUACAGCACCGAAGUUGCUCGCAGAAUUCGACCUCGACGUGCGAGAGCCGUUCCCAGAAGGCUCCCCACAACUACCAGCAUUGCGCUCGGCAGAUUUACAUCAAUCGAAACCAGUGGUAAUGGAACCAUUAAGUAGUGGCUUCACUUCGCCGGCCGGGAAUACCGUGCAGAAUAAGGAUGCUAUGGCUCUGUGUUCGCCCGAUGCAGAUACUGAUCGAAGUGAUGGUGGUGACCCUUGCACCUCACCCGAGGAGUACUCGUCCGCAGAUGACCUGGAACGACCAAUGACACACCUCAAGGUCAGUAGCGACCACGAAAUGGACAUGGAUGGUGCAGAAGUAUCACCCACUGUUUGUCACUUGAAGAGGAAAUCAGCAGAUGCACAAGUCACUAUGGAAUCUUCGACGGACUCGACCGAAUCAAUCAAGUUGCCUCCUUCAGCGAAGGCUGCUGCAGACUCAGCCAGGCUCAGGCGUGGAAUGCUCAGCAGCCUAUUCCACAAACCUGCGCGUAAAAAGGGAAGUGAUAAUGAUAUGUCCUCACCAACCUCGAGCAGAAGCGCCGUGACACCAUGUCCUGAUAUUUCGCUACAUGAAAGGAGCCCGAUAGUGCUUUGUCCUGAUCCUGCUUUGCAUUUCAAUUCCACGCCAGAAUCCCCCGGUCACCAGUCGAAUCCAAAGAGUUAUGAGCAUCAGAACCCUCAUCGUCAUCAUCAGAACCACUUGGUCUCUCAACCACCUAUGUCGUUCAAUCGUACCACUGCAACAGGGAGCCCCAUGCCCAUGCUGAGGAUGAAACCAGCAACAAUAGCAUCAGCAGGACCAAGACGACCUUAUCAUGAUAACAUCAACCCCAGCUCUGCUCUCCUUCAACCACCGAGACACCCACAUCGUCCGUAUGUACCUCCAAACCGCGACUACAUGUCUGGGGCGGCCGAACAUUUCCAGCCAGGCUGGUAUUAUGCCAGAGAUAGUCCAGAUUUUUCCAGAGAACCCGGCACUGCAAUUUACUCCUUUUCCACAGCAGCUGGAAAAGUUUCUGGACAUGAUGCUGCUCCGGACUCGAUGAUUCGUGAUUCGUACAGAACCGACACUCUGACACCGUUAGCUAGGCCUCCGAGCAGGUUCAGAAAGCACGGAGUCGCAGCGCUCGCAAAUGCCAGAGGCGUAAACAAAUAUUAUGGGCGGUCCUAUGGGCCGAGGCCGGCUCUCCGUCAACAGCGCUCAAACAGGUCGCGUCUACCCGAUGAAAUGAGGUUUCGAAGCAGUCCUCCAAAGUCGACUCAUUCGGCGCCGCUCCAUCCAGCUCAAUUUAGAAAACGAUCACGAGAGCUUGAAAGUUCUAUGAUCGAAGCCACAGAAGGCGUGGCGAUUGAGUCGGCAUCAAUGGAUCCCAGAUUGAAACUUGAAGAUGGCGAGGAGAUCAUUGAACUCGACGAGGAGACAAGAGCCGCAGUUCGAAUGAGUCUGUAUGGUAGGUCCGCACUUGAUUCAGGUAGUAGUGAUGUUGGCAGAGGCCUCAAAGACCUCAGUCCCAACGUGAUGCAAUGGAGGAAGGGUAAUCGACCUCCAGAGAGCCGGAGGAAGCGACGACCAAGCUACUGGGAUGGAGAUCUUGAGGAGGUCGUACGAAGUCCGGCAGCCAGGCAUGUUGUUAGCUCUCCUAUUAAGACGGACGACAUCAGAUCGCAAAAAGGGGAAAUCGAUUGUCUUCAAGACCCUCUCGUCGAGGAAAACGAAACCGGCCUCGGAAACGUCGAAGGAAACCCAAUGCGUGUUCAGAAGAAAACCGAUCAUCAAGGCGACAUUGCCAUGGAAGGCUGA